CAUUCUGCGGAGAGAACAGACAUCCCGACCAGCUGAGUCACGUGGUGGGAGGGGGCUCUCGCUCCCUUCUCCUCCACAUCCCGUCCUCUGAUGUCACAAGUCUGUUCUUCCCUGGGAGAGCUGAUUAGCAUUCAGUGGGUGCAUUUGGCCGGUAGCGCGCGGCGCGGGCGAGCAAGCGGCCGGGCGGCGGGCGGGGGCGUGGCUGUCCCCCGGGAGCCGCAGAGGGACGGGGCGCAGGAUGGCCGUGUUCUAACUGGGAUCCUCGCUGACGUGUGGCCGCCGGCUCCUUGGCAGCUGUCUUUUUGGACCAGUAGGCAGAGGGAAACUGACGCUGACGAGCCUUUUGCAUCUUGGAAGGGACUGUAAUCUACUGUAGUGAAGAACAGAACCUCUCAAUCACGCGGUGUAAAUAAGAGACGGAGGGGAGUCCAAAGGAAAAGGAAGAGGAGGGGAAAAGUGUGUGUUGGGGGAGCGGGGAAAAGCAUUUUUGGUGGAUGGUAUGAAGCCAGCCAUGGAAACUGCAGCCGAGGAAAAUACUGAACAAAGCCAAGAGAGAAAAGUGAGCAGCAGAGCUGAAAUGGAAAUUGGCAGGUACCACUGGAUGUACCCAGGCUCAAAGAACCACCAGUACCAUCCCGUGCCAACCCUGGGGGACAGGGCUAGCCCCUUGAGCAGUCCAGGCUGCUUUGAAUGCUGCAUCAAGUGUCUGGGAGGGGUCCCCUACGCCUCCCUGGUGGCCACCAUCCUCUGCUUCUCCGGGGUCGCCCUGUUCUGUGGCUGCGGGCAUGUGGCCCUGGCGGGCACGGUGGCGAUUCUUGAGCAACACUUCUCCACCAACACCAGUGACCACGCCCUGCUGAGUGAGGUAAUACAGCUGAUGCAGUAUGUCAUCUACGGGAUCGCGUCCUUCUUCUUCUUGUAUGGGAUCAUUCUGCUGGCAGAAGGCUUCUAUACCACGAGCGCAGUGAAGGAGCUGCACGGCGAGUUUAAAACCACUGCCUGUGGCCGAUGCAUCAGUGGGAUGUUCGUGUUCCUCACCUACGUGCUGGGAGUGGCCUGGCUGGGCGUGUUUGGUUUCUCCGCCGUGCCCGUGUUUAUGUUCUACAACAUCUGGUCAACUUGUGAGGUCAUCAAGUCACCCCAGACCAACGGCACAGCCGCUGUGGAGCAGAUCUGCGUGGAUAUCCGACAAUACGGUAUCAUUCCUUGGAAUGCUUUCCCUGGGAAAAUCUGUGGUUCUGCCCUCGAGAACAUCUGCAACACCAAUGAGUUCUACAUGUCCUAUCACCUGUUCAUCGUGGCCUGUGCCGGAGCUGGCGCCACCGUGAUUGCGCUGAUCCACUUCCUCAUGAUACUGUCUUCUAACUGGGCUUACUUAAAGGAUGCAAGCAAAAUGCAGGCUUACCAGGAUAUCAAAGCAAAGGAAGAACAGGAACUGCAAGAUAUCCAGUCUCGGUCAAAAGAACAACUCAAUUCUUACACAUAAAUGUUUGCCAGAGUGUUACGGCCGACGAAGUGACAGCUCUGCCCACUCAUGAGACGGCUGCUCUGCAGUGCAGAUGUGUCCCCAGCAAACAACCCAAACACUUCACUGUCAUCUCCAGCUGCUGGGAGGUGUUGCAACACCUCCCAGCAGGUCAAUCCUUUUCUUUAGAGCAGAUAUUGGAGGUUUCAUGUUAGCCAUUUUAAAAGGCAACACUUUGACAAAAUGACGGUUGAUCUUUCUGAAAUUGGUGGCAUGUUCAGUUUUAUCGGUAGAGUGAUCCCACCAGGAGAGGCGAUGGGAAUAUGGCCUAUUCCUUGAGAGGGACCAAGGCUGUGCCGACAUCAAGGAACGUGACCAUCAAUUCACAUACGCCAUCUGUCCUCCAGUCACUUUACCUGUAUAGGGAAUAAAAUGGAAUUGGGGGGAAGGGGGAGUUCCAUUUCUGACAGCUGACAUUUAUUAUAACUUGGGCUCAAAGAUAACGUGAGUCGUAACAAUUGACUUUUUUUAAAUUAGCUGCCUUCCCUAACCCUUAAGUCCAGGCCACAUUAAUCUCCGGAUCCAAUCAGAAAUCUAUUUUUCAGUAAUGCUAAAAGGAGCUACUAUAAUUCUGCUACGCCUGCCACUGAAGAAGCUGGGUUCUGGCUCCUUGACAAGCUUUCCAAAAUCAAUUUUAUAAUAGAUUUCCUUUAAUAAAAUGGCCCAGUUGUCAUUCUUCUUCCUGGGAAAUAAAUGUCAGCUCUGCCUUAAUGAGUAUUUGUUUUAAAUUUCUAAGAACUUAUUUUACACAGGAGACCCCAAAUCCUUCAUAGACUUUGGUUCCACCAAUGGUUUUCUUAACUAAGAAGUGUUACCUUAUUAAAAUGACCACCAUUCUAAACCAUUUUUAUGUGGUCUGAAUAGCAAGUUUACAGUUUCAUACCAACUAUCUAAAACCUAAUUACAAAUAGACCACAGACCUCCUCCUCCUUUUAUAGACUUGAAUACUUACUUAAGUAAUUUAAAUUAGGGUUGGUAUUUAUUUCAUUUUUUAAAUCUUUCCUGGAAUAAUAAAAGUUCGAGGUUCAGCAGAAAAAACAAAAAACAAACAAACAAACAAAAAAAACACCUGCUUGAGUUUAAGCCAUUUUCAAAAGAAACUUGCCUUCUAAUUCAUUGUGUUCCAGAACAUUAAGCGACUGUAGGUAUUGGGUAUUAGUGAUGGUAAACUUUGUGUUGUUCUUUAUGAAAUGAUACAUAUAACUGUUGGGUGCAUCAGUGCUUUUUAAAAGGGGCUGCAUAAUAUAGGGUUAACUAUGUAUAUUCAUGUUAAGAAUUAACUUGUGGUUUGGCUGUUUCCUGGAUUUUAAAACAUAUACAUGUGCAGAAAUGUAUUAAAAUGAAAGGAAGCAUACCUUUAUCAAAAUGCUAUUAAAAUUGAACAAGUAUAAUAUUUCAUUUGAAUUCUUUUUGUUGUUGUUGUUAAUGCCUAAAAAUGCCUAUUUGGAUCUUGACUUUUUUUUUUUUUUUUAAUUGGGAGACGCUGUCUUCUGUGUAGAACAGUUGUUCCAGAAUAGCUUGUUUUGUUUUCCUUUUGCAUGACAGACUUAAAUACUUUUUUCCAGCAGUGGAGGUGCUGUUAGAGUCCAGUGUUCUAGAACAGGCAGUGUCUCAAGCCUAAUUUUACUUUUCUAAUUCUGGUAGCUAUUACCAGGAAUUUUUGAAAGUUUUGUUUAAGUAGUCUAAUAUUUUUUAUGUAAAGAGCAUUAAAUUUUGCUAUGUAUAAAUUUUUGUAACCUAACAGUGAAUCAAUAUUUUCUAUCAGUGCCAAGGGCUUCCUGUAGUUCUAUUCAAGUGUUACAAUAAAUAUUUGUAGAUAAUAGUCGAUACUUGUGUAUGCUUAUUUUAAAGAUCUAUUUAGGUGGACAUAGUUGUGGAUGUACUAAGAGUAAUGCAAUAAACGUAUAGCUUCACUCA